AUGAAUGUUGUCCUCCACCGUCUAGAGAUUCAAAGUUUGAACUUGACGUUCCUAGUCCGCAACGGGGAAAAUCCUAGUGCUGUUAUCCUAAGAAGCGAGAUCGUAUCGAAACGUUGGUCGGACGAAAAGAGUCCACUUACGGCCACGGACAACGAAGAGAAUUCAAUGGAAGCGAGCCAUUAUACGGAUGAAGGUUACACGAAUGUGAACUGUCUGCAGAAGCAAUUAUUCGAGGUACAGGCUGUGGUCAGAGCCGAGCAAAAAAUCUUUCGACUUGAUACCCAGAGACUAACGCACGAUAAUUAUAUGCUCAUCGCAAUACUUCAGUCGGAAUAUAUCAAGAAGCCCCAUACUAGCUCCGGCAACUUUUGGAUGGAUGAUGUGCUGACCCCAAAGCAGAAGAUCGAGCUGAAGCGGAGGUCUACCAAAUAUGACCCGUCUGAAACCUACUGGAGGAUUGUCUGUAUCAACAUGGCCCUCCAUCUUGCCAAGAGGAAGGAGGCUCCCGUUGACCCAGUGAUGCGGCCAAGCGACCUAUAA